AUGGGUUACAGACCUUUGUUGGGAGAGGUUCAUGAGGAGCAGUCUGGGAAUAAUGAGCCUAGUGAUGAAGGAGUUUGCACUAUUCCGAAGCAAGCGGAUUUGGAGGACAGCAAGACCCGAAGCUCUGGAAUGUCAGAAACCUUCACUGUGGAGGAAGCAGUGGAGGCUAUUGGUUUUGGAAUGUUUCAGUGGAAGCUGUCUAUGCUAACUGGAGUUGCGUGGAUGGCUGAUGCUAUGGAAAUGAUGCUCCUUAGUAUUGCAGCUCCUCAACUGCGCUGUGAAUGGAGGCUCUCGAGCUGGAAAGUGGCAUUCAUAACAGCGGUAGUGUUCAUUGGAAUGAUGCUCAGCUCCUCACUUUGGGGAAACAUUUCAGACAAGUAUGGCCGAAAAGUGUGUUUAAUACUGUGCAUGGUGUGGACAUUGUACUAUGGGCUUCUCAGUGCUUUUGCACCUGUUUACGGCUGUAUCUUAGUCUUGCGAGGCCUCGUGGGAUUUGGCCUGGGAGGAGCCCCUCAGUCUGUGACAUUAUUUACUGAAUUCCUCCCAGUGAAAACCAGAGGGAUAUCCAUAAUCCUGUUAGGGGUGUUCUGGGCCGUGGGUGCUGUGUUUGAAGUGUUACUGGCUAUGAUGAUCAUGCCCACGUUAGGCUGGAAAUGGCUGCUAGCUUUCUCCACUUUUCCUCUUGUUAUCUUUGCUGCCUCCUGCUGUUGGUUACCAGAGAGUGCUAGAUUUGAUGUACUGAGAGGCAGAGAAGACAAGGCCCUGAACACUCUGAAACGAGUAGCAGCGUCCAAUGGGAGCUCUAUGCCUACAGGAAGACUUAUAUCCAACACACAGACUGAUCGUGGGAGAAUUAGAGAUCUUUUUAUUCCAGAAUACCGCAAGACGACACUUCUGAUCUGGUUUAUCUGGUUAUGUAAUGCUUUUUCAUAUUAUGGUCUUGUGCUGCUAACCACUGAGCUGUUCCAAGCAGGAUCUACAUGUAGUGUCACUGACAACUCAAGUAUGGAACCUCAGUGCAAUUUUGAGUGCAAAUAUCUGACUCUUCAUGAUUAUGAGGACCUUCUGUGGACCACCUUCGCAGAAUUUCCAGGUAUUCUGAUCUCCGUGUGGAUGAUUGAUCGAAUAGGCCGGAGAAAAAGCAUGGCACUUUUCUUUUUAGCAUUCUCUCUGUGUAUCUUGCCACUGUACGCCUGCACACAAAGGACACUUCUCACAGUCUUUAUUUUCAUUGCUCGAGCCUGUAUAACAGCAGGCUGGCAGGUUGCGUAUGUUUAUACACCUGAGGUUUUCCCCACCGCAACCAGGGCUAUUGGUAUUGGUACAAGCAGUGGGAUGGCUCGUGUUGGAGCUCUCGUCACUCCAUUUAUUGCUCAGGUACUUCUGAAAACAUCAGUUUACCUGACUCUGUCUGUGUAUUUAAUAUGUUGCUUGCUGGGCACAGUGGCAUCCUGGGCUUUGCCUAUGGAAACAACCGGGCGGAGCUUACAGGAAUCAACUCAAAACACCAUGGAAGAAAAACACAUGGAAAGGCCACAUGGUUCUGAGACAGCCGAGACUUCCAGCAACACGUCUCCUUAA